GUUAACACUUUACUGUCAGGGGAGAGUGGGGUAAAAAGAAAAGAGAAGAGAAAGGGUUGAUAUUUGAUUAAAGAACAAUAGAAAAUGUUACAUAGGACGGCAUCCAACGUGUCGGACAAAGCAAAGAGCAGCAAACCAAAGCGCUCCACAAGCUUCGGCAAGUUCGAGGGUUUCAGACAUCACUUGUCACCGGCCAAACCAGAGGAGAAUGGCACAAACGUGGUCGUGGAAGAAUGUGAAAGUUCAGACCCUAACAAAGCAACUGGACUUGGGAAGAAGAUGAAGGCUAUUUCACUAACCAUGCGCAGAAAAAUGGGCAAAAAACACGCCAAGUAUUUUUCUGAGGAGCCUGGUGAUGAUAUGGAUAAAGAACUGGAGGCAGAAGCAGAGAGCAGCACUACAGCUGAGAAAGACAAUGCAAAGACAAGUAACUCCUUAGAGAGUCUGUACAGCGGCCAGAGCACCUCCAGUGGUGUGACCAGUGAGUCCAAUAGUUCUGCUCAGAAAGACAGUGUGAGGCUAGAGGAGGACGGAUCCUACCAGGGACAGUUCUGUGGCAGAGCUCGUGUCCACACAGACUUUGUUCCAAGCCCGUAUGACACAGAUUCUCUCAAACUCAAGGUGGGUGACAUCAUCAACAUCAUCAGUAAGCCUCCAAUGGGCAUCUGGACGGGCAUGUUGAACGACAAAGUGGGGAACUUCAAGUUCAUCUACGUAGAUGUUUUAGUGGAGAAAGAGGAGGAGGAAGAAGAAGUCCCAAAGAUCAGACAGCAGAAGCUCUCCAAAAGACCUAGACCUAAAACGUUGCUGGAGUUACUGGAGCGACUGAAUCUGGAGGAGUAUGCCUCUGCGUUGCUGUUGAAUGGCUACCAGACGGUGGAGGACCUGAUGCACCUGCAAGAGAAACACUUGAUAGAGCUGAACGUCAACGACCCCGAGCACAGACACAGACUUCUGGCUGCUGCUGAGUGCCGCUACACAGAAGGUGAUGAUGUCAGGGAUGUGGAGGAGCACAAAUCCUCCCACACUCAAAAGGAGGAAGACAGUGACUGUCCCAGAGACUCGGGCUGCUUCAUCCCGUCAGAAUGUUCAGACAGCAAAGAGGACGCCGAGCAGCUCACAGACGCUGGGGCCUCGUGAUCUGCUCGUUUGGGAAUUAAGUGUUUGUCAUUUUCUUAUGACUGAUGGUUUUAACAAUUCAUGUCUUUAAUGUUGCAUUAACAUCCUUCAUACCAGAAAGCCACAAGCUACAUCUAAUAUAGAAAGAACAAACCGCCGGUACUCUAAAUGUCAUCUCAUCCAUUUGUCAGUUCAUCAAGAUCAUAAUAAACUUUACAAGAAGUUUUUUUUAACCAUUUUAUGUUGAAGAAGUGACAUGUCACUGUUUAACAUCACUUUUAUUUAUUGCAUUAACAAUCAUUCAGUGUCAUUACAUGUACGUUCUGCCUUUAUAUAUCACUUUUAUCAUCCUCAUCACAUCCAGUCUCAAUUCAACGUCCAGGAUCGUCUUUUCUUUUCCCAUGUGAAUCGAGUGGUAUUGUUAAUCGGGUGUUUUUUUUAAAUAAUAUAAACUGUACAAGAUGUAUGUAUGAUGUAAAGCACAUAUGUUACUUUUUGAAUGUGUGUGUGUGAGUGUGAGAAAGAGAGCCUGUAUAUGAAAGCCAUUUAUCUGUUUCCACAACUUUUUGUAAAUAAAAUUAAAGAAAUACGCUUACAUUUA